AUGUGCGGAAUACACGCCGUUAUCUCUGCGCAGCAGGGGUUCGAGCUAUCUGCAGACUUGCGGGACGCGUUGAUAAACCGUGGGCCUGACUAUCUGGGGCAGGUGACACGGACCACAAUCGCUAAUUCUUCUGAAAACUGUCUUUCCCUCAACUUCACUUCGACCGUGCUGGCACUGAGAGGCGACCACAUCGCCAGACAACCUUUCGAGGACACCAGCAGCGAAUCAGUGCUUUGUUGGAACGGUGAAGCCUGGAAGAUUGAUGGGCAGCUCGUUGACGGGAAUGACGGUGAAGCCAUCUUCACUCGGUUGACGUCCCUGGCAACUUCUAGCGCUGAACAGAGACAAUCGCACGUUCUGAGGGUUCUGAGAAGCAUUCAAGGACCCUUCGCUUUUUUGUUCUAUGAUGCACCGGGCAAGUGCCUGUAUUUUGGUCGCGACCGUCUUGGCCGCCGUUCACUUCUCAUCAACAAGGUUCGAAAUGCCGACAGCAUCGCAUUCUCCAGCGUAGCUGACUCAUUGACGCCCUCCUGGGAGGAAGUCGCCGCUGAUGGCAUAUACAACAUGUCUAUUGCUAUCAAGGACGGUGAAAACUUCAACUCAAAUUUACCGGAAGGAGACGAGAUUUUGACAUAUAAUUCUCCAUCUGUUGACACGGUCUACCAACAUCUCACAGAGGCCUUGAAAUUGCGAGUUCUGAAUGUUCCACAGCCGCCUGCGAGUCAAGAUAGUCAAGCUGAUGGUGACAUACGGGUUGCGAUCCUAUUCUCAGGAGGGCUUGAUUGUACUCUUAUGGCACGGCUCACAGAUGUGGUCCUCCCCGGUUCACAAGGUAUCGAUCUCAUCAAUGUCGCUUUCCAAAACGCCCGAAACGCUGUUCAAGAAGGUGUAUCCGCAAAAGCCUCUGACGUCUUCGAAGCUUGCCCUGAUCGGGUCACCGGCAGGAAAGCCUUCGUAGAGCUCAAAGCAGCAUGCCCAGCUCGACGCUGGCGAUUCAUUGCGGUCAAUGUCUCCUUUACCGAAGCCAUGGCUCACCGAUCUCGUGUUGUUUCAUUGAUGUAUCCACAUAAUACUGAAAUGGACUUGUCCAUUGCGCUGGCUUUGUACUUUGCUAGUCGUGGAGUGGGGUCUUGUUAUACGGACUGUACUGCAAUGGACCAAUCUGUUCCAAUCUGCACCACACCCGCUCGUGUACUUCUCUCUGGUCUGGGUGCCGACGAGCUAUUCGGUGGGUACGGCCGACAUGAGGUAGCCUUCAAGCGAGAUGGUUAUCCAGGCCUCAUUGAGGAAUUAAAGCUUGAUGUCAGCCGGAUCGCCACGCGUAAUCUCGGCCGCGACGACCGUAUUCUAUCCUGUUGGGGCAAGGAGGUUCGGUUCCCAUUCCUUGACGAGGAUUUCAUGAGAGCUGCCAUGGAGUCCCCGGUAUGGGAAAAGUGUGAUUUUGCAAAUCAGUCUCAUCCAGCAAACAUAGAACCUGCAAAACGGGUUUUGAGGCUGCUCGCGGAACAGAUGGAUCUCCCAUCUACGGCAAGGGAGAAGAAGAGAGCCAUCCAAUUUGGGGCAAGAACUGCCAAAAUUGAGCAGCGAACUGGAGGACCAAAGACCAAAGGAACAGAUUUGAUUCAAUAG